AUGGAGAAAUCGGCUCCAACAGCUGUACUGGAUGGCACUGUCAAGGACGACUCCAUAGCUAAGACACCAGGGCCCGAUGAUAGAGAAUACAUAACCGGCCUCAGAUUGUUCAUCGUCCUCGGCAGCCUCACCCUGGUAGUAUUCCUCGUCCUCCUCGAUAUCGCAAUUCUCGGUACUGCCAUACCUGAAAUCACAACUGAAUUUAACGCGCUGGCUGAUGUCGGCUGGGACAUUGGCGCCUAUCAACUCGCCAGCGCCACGCUCCAACUCAUAUCUGGGAAAUUGUACACGUACUUCAACAACAAGCACACGUUUCUUACAUAUUUUGCAUUCUUUGAAUUUGGUUCUCUAAUCUGCGCUACGGCCAAUUCCUCAUCGCUCUUCAUCGGUGGACGAGCGAUCGCGGGACUGGGUGCGGCCGGCAUAGUGAAUGGGGGGAUGACCAUCAUAGGCGGUGCUGUGCCGUUGAUCAAGAGACCUGUUUACACUGGUAUUCUUCUUGGAAUCGCCCAAAUGGGUAUUGUAACUGCCCCGAUCAUAGGAGGUGCCCUCACCCAACACGCAACUUGGCGUUGGUGCUUCUACAUCAACCUCCCAGCUGGCGGUGCUGCAGCAAUCCUUCUGUUAUUCAUUCAGAUACCGGAGCUGACGAACAAGGAGCGGUGCUCACUCACAUUGGUCCGCAAAAUCGCUCCAGAGUUCGACCUUAUCGGAUUUGUGUUAUUCGUUCCCAGCGCCCUCAUGUUCCUCCUUGCGUUACAAUUCGGAUCCGCUGAUACGGAUGCAUGGUCUAGCGCCAAGGUCAUUGGGGUGUUCGUUGGCGCUGGCGUUCUCGCACUGACCUUCUUUGCUUGGGAACACAGGCAAGGCGACAAAGCGAUACUUCCAGGUAGAUUGCUCCGCCAACGCAUCGUGUGGGCGAGCUGUGCGUUUGGGAUCUGCCUGAUCUGCUGCCUCUCCAUCGCAACGAACUGGCUUCCGACGUAUUUUCAAGCCGUCAAGGGCAAGGGGCCGACAAUGAGCGGUGUCUAUCUCCUUCCUUCGAUGAUCAGCCAACUUAUCUUUGUCAUCAUUUCUGGAGCCGGUACGGCUCGGUUGGGAUACUAUCUCCCCUUUGCGCUGUUUUCUAGUGUCAUGACGGCGGUUGGCAAUGGCCUUGUGUCGACCUUUGACGCAAAAACAACUUCUGCGAAAUGGAUCGGGUAUCAGGUCGUGAUGGGCAUUGGAAGGGGAGCGGGCAUGCAGAUGGCCCUUGUAGCAAUCCAAAACGCCAUCCCGGCCUCUCAAAUCCCCAUCGACAUGGCCAUCCUCAUCUUCUUCCAGAACUUUGGGAGUUCCGUCACCGUUGUAAUCAGCAACACGAUAUUUACCCAAACCCUAAAAUCAACUCUCCCGCGCUACGCGCCUUCUGUGUCUCCGCAAGCAGCCCUAAGAGCCGGUUCUAGCGCCGAAGCCGUGAGAGCGCUCGUUCCUGUUGGCCGUCCAGAUGAACUGGGUGGUGUCUUGCGGGCAUAUAGUGAGAGUUUGCGCAAUGUGUUCUAUUUAUUGGUUGGCCUCGCGGCAGUUGGCGCAGUGCUGAGCUUGGGUAUGGGCUGGAAGAAUGUUGGGAAGAAGAAAGAGGAGGAGAAGAAAGCCGCUGAGCUUGCAAAGACAAAAGAAGGUCUGCAUGAGGAAGGGAAAGGCGAGGCUAAAAGAUUUGAGGCCAUCUGCAGGUUGGAGCUCUUUAGGAAGCGAGUCUCUCCAGGCGCGAAGUUGGUUGUCUAG